GCUGAGCCUCUGACCACCAAAUAAUCUCUUCCUCCAAUCAAACUCUAAUGCCUUGUUAGUGUGUAGCUUUAUGUACAGAACAUUGGAUUGUAAACCCGUUUUCUCUAUUUCGCGGAUAAGAUCUGAAUCUGAAGGAUAAUAUCAUAUAUAGUUCUAUUUAUUGUUUUUGAAUCCUACAAAAACUCAUAUUUUGUGACUUCUUGUUUCAACCACGAUUAGAAGAGAUUAGCGACAGCAUUUGAUGAUCUGGGUUUUUCUUUUUAUAUCUCAAGUGUGAUGCAAUUUAUUUUGUGGCUAUAAAGAUUGUUAAAUCAAAAGCAGGAGACACAAGUCACUAGAGGCUAAAAUUUUUUAUUCUUUUUGGAUUUGUGGAGGCCACAAAGAUAGAGGCGCUAAGACGGAGAGGAGUGACAGAUUACAGAGGCUGAUGAUAUAUUUUUUGUGGUAUGAAAUUAAGAUCAAUUGUUUUGUUGGUUAAAUUAAGUUUCUGAAGGACAGUCACCAGUUUCUCAGCUUUGUUAUCCGAAAUUUGGAUUAUUAUUAUUAUUGCAUUAAGUUUCUGAAGGGGGUUUCUAGGCUCACAUGAGUCUCACUUGUGUAAAUUUUCCUGAGUCGUUGGUUCAGUCAAGUGGGAAGCAUUUCACUGGAGAGAUUUGAAUCCUUGAGGGCAAUGGAACAAUCUUAUGGGAUGUCCAAUGGUGACAGACCAACCAGUAAUGGCCAUAUCAUAAAGCACUCUCCUUACCAGCAAUGUGUUAAGGGCUCACUACAUUGGCUUGAUUUAAGAGUUUUCUAUGUUAGAAUAAGCAAAUGUGAGAUAGAUGAUUCAACACCUGAGUACCUCACACUAAAUCAUAUUCCGCUGCAUCCCAACACCCUUCUUGAAGCAAAUGGUGUUAGAACGAGUAUCUGUUCUGAUGGGGCAUCAACACUUCUUAGAAGGGAUAGAUUGGAUAAGAGAUCUGAAGAAGUUACAUUUGUGAGCACUGAUAGUAUUAGAAUGACAGGAAGCGUGAAGUUUGAGGUUUUAGAUAAGGACAUUCUUGUGCUAUCUGGGGUUUUAGAAUUGUUUAACAGCAAUGGGUUUCCAGGGGAGCCAGGUCCUGGAAACCAUGACCAGAGAUGGAGCAUGAACUGUGAAUCAGACAUGACCUCAGGCACUGGCUUCCUGAAGGCAAAACAGUUUACAGGUUCUGACUCUGCUACACCAACAGUUGAGGUGUAUGUUGCAGGGUCCUUCUGCGGCUCUCCAAUCAUCUUAACUAAGACUUUAAAGCUUAGUUCUCGAAAAAACCUAACAAGGAAGGGUUUGUUGGAUUCCAUACCAGAGUGUGAGGCAUAUGAAUUUGAGAAAGAUGGUCCUUCUGUACUUCCUUUGCAGAUAUCAGAGUACUCAAAUCACAAACCAGAAAAUGAAGACUACUACGGCCGUCACUUGGGGACUGAAUAUUUGCAAGGUGAAUAUUUAGAAGGUGAAGAUGGGGAACUCUCAUGGUUCAAUGCUGGUGUGAGGGUGGGUGUUGGCAUUGGGCUCAGCAUAUGUGUGGGAAUCGGGUUAGGUAUAGGUUUGCUGGUUCAAACCUACCAAAGCACGACCCGAAACUUUAGAAGGCGGCGUCUAUAGUGAUUUCCAGUGUUAUCAUGAUCCAAAUGGAAACUAACAUGUUGGUGUUUCUUACAAUUACAGUGGUUGAUUAGAAGGUCAGGUUUUCUGUAAUUAAAGUGCCGUUGAGGCAAGAAUUCCAGCUUUUUCGUGGUUCUGUGAUUGGUGUGGGAAGCAGGCGAGCCUUCUAUCUAAAAAUAAAGCUUAAUUCUAUUUUUAAAUGUACUAUCAUUACGACAGUAAUCUUGCCUGUAUAUAUUGCACAGAGUUUUCUCAAAUGUGAAAGUUCAUUAUAGAGUGAAGACCAUCUUCACGUAGCUAGUUGCAGAACUUUGUCAGCUGAAGUUGUUAUGAUUUUCUUUACAAAUAGCACCAAGGUUUGGUAAUGUA